UCUGCAUUGAACGUGACUCUCAAAAUCUGCGUUCUCCAACGAGAAAUUGUGAUAUCUGUUGCUAUACGCUCUAUUGUACGUUCUGCGGUACUCGGCAUUACUCGAUUUCAAGCACUCUGGAUGCAUGGAACAAGGACAAGAUCGAUCCGACAAUAAAAGACUUAACAAUGUAGAAAGACACAUGCAAAGGGCACAAACGGCGGAUUUCGGACACGAUGGCUUCUCAAUCAACGCUGCGACACUCCGCAGACCCUAUAGCCAAUCUCUACCAGCAAUACAUGAAGCUCUUCCGCGACCGAUUAAAGGGCACUUCCCGAUCAACCCGACUGGUUGGCACAUUAGUACUCGCGCUCUCGAUCAUAGUUUCGGGCGCAGGGGGUCGAAGAUGGUGGAACAAACAGAAGGCAGAGAAGGAGCAAGGUCGACGCCUGCUGCGACGAAAUUCAGGCUUGAAGAAUAAAGAUGGCUCUCGUAUUAUCUUUGUUCCUUACAAGGACUCGACAUCCAAAGUCACCAUACACCCGACGAAGUCCUUAACCUUCGAUGCGCAUCGCAGACUCUUCCUAAAUCCACCUCGAGCUUCCGGACUUUCAGAUGGAGUCACACCUCAGAUUCCGCCGCCUCAGACGAAGCCUGGCCUCAAUCUGGCAUUCUUGCAUCAGUUUCUCAGUCUCCUGAGUAUCAUGAUACCGAGAUGGACGAGCAAAGAAACUGGAUUGCUACUAAGUCAUGGAAUGUUUCUUAUGUUACGCACAUAUCUCUCAUUGGUGGUGGCUAGACUAGAUGGUGAAAUUGUACGAGAUUUGGUUGCUGGCAACGGGAAGUCUUUUGUUUGGGGUAUUAUCAAGUGGUGUGGAAUUGGCAGUUUUGCCUCUUACACCAACGCGAUGAUCAAAUUCCUACAAUCGAAAGUCUCUAUUGCCUUCCGAACACGACUUACACGAUACAUCCAUGAUCUAUAUCUCAACGACAGUCUCAACUACUACAAAUUAUCGAACUUAGACGGAGGCAUUGGACAGGGAGCUGAUCAAUUUAUCACCCAAGACUUGACACAUUUCUGUGCAUCAGCGGCAAGCCUGUACUCUUCUUUGGGCAAACCUUUCGUUGAUCUUUUGGUGUUCAACUACCAACUAUAUCGAUCACUAGGGCCCUUAGCUUUGACCGGGCUCAUGAGCAAUUACUUCCUUACUGCAACUAUUUUGCGAAAGCUUUCCCCUCCAUUUGGCAAAUUAAAAGCUGUAGAGGGUCGCAAGGAGGGUGAUUUCCGAGGCCUACAUGCUCGCCUCAUUGCGAAUGCUGAAGAAGUGGCCUUCUAUGGAGGUGCGAGUAUGGAGAAGAACUUCUUGGAUCGAGAGUUUAAAGGCCUGAAAAGGUUCAUGGAAGACAUCUAUACAUUGAAAAUCCGAUAUAACAUCCUCGAGGACUUUGUACUCAAGUACAGUUGGAGUGCUUACGGGUAUCUUCUUAGUUCCCUCCCCGUUUUCUUACCGGCUUGGGGUGGACUUGGAGGCAUACAAGAACUUGCCGAUCCAUCGGUGACUGGCGGUCGUGAACGAGAUCGAAUGAAAUCGUUCAUUACGAACAAGCGGUUGAUGCUGUCCUUGGCUGAUGCCGGUGGCAGAAUGAUGUAUAGCAUCAAAGAUCUGUCGGAGCUAGCAGGCUACACCUCUCGAGUCUAUACUCUGAUCUCUACUCUUCAUCGAGUUCAUGCGAAUGCCUAUUUUCCACAACGUGGCACUCAUGCCGAACUCUUCUCUCUUUCAGAUGUCCAGGGUACUAUCCAGAAAGGGUUCGAUGGUGUCCGCCUCGAAAAUGUACCAAUUGCUGCUCCAUCAAUAUUCCCUCAUGGCGGUGAAGAGCUAAUUGAUUCUCUCUCCAUGAUCGUCCAUUCUGGAGAACACCUUCUUAUUUCUGGCCCCAAUGGUGUUGGUAAGAGCGCUGUAGCACGAAUUGUAGCCGGACUUUGGCCCGUAUAUCGAGGAUUGGUGUCAAGACCACGAACCGUUGGUACCGAUGGGAUCAUGUUCCUUCCACAGCGGCCGUAUCUAAGUGUAGGCACCCUGCGAGACCAAGUCAUCUAUCCAGAUGGAGAAAUCGAAAUGCGAGAUCGUGGAAGGAGAGAUAUCGAAUUAAAGCGCAUUCUUGAGGAAGCUCGUCUUGGCUAUCUUCCAGACAGAGAAGGAGGUUGGGAUACAAGAAAGGAAUGGAAGGAUGUUUUAAGUGGUGGUGAGAAACAGCGCAUGGCGAUCGCAAGGCUAUUAUACCACGAACCUCGAUAUGCUUUCAUUGAUGAAGGCACAUCCGCUGUAUCAUCGGACGUCGAGGGACUGCUGUAUGAGAACUGCAAGGAGAAGGGUAUCACGUUGAUCACAAUCAGCACUAGAGCCAGUCUGAAGAAGUACCAUACAUUCAAUCUCACACUCGGCAUGGGUGAUGACGGGACAGAAUGGGAGUGGGAAAGAAUUGGCACUGAGAAGGAAAAGAUGGGCGUCGAGAGAGAGCUACACGAACUCAGAGAAAGACUGGCCAAAGUCAAGGACUGGGAAUCCAGACAGGCUGAGAUUAAUGAAGAAUUGGCGAAGGUAUGGGUUGGGGGCGAAGUCCUGGAGAGUCCAACAUACACGGAGCAGAAUACCGCCGAUCCUAACGACAUUCCAUCAUGACGCAUAUUCCGACGCAUGAGUACGGACUUUGGAGUCGACAUGUAGAAUAUUUUGGGUAUUCGCUUAUACAGGGAUUUCGCUCCACAGCGAAUAGGAGCCUCGUUUAAGUUCACUUAAGUUAAGCAUAAAUGCGAUAUCCAAUUUCCCCGAAACCACAGCGUCACAAUCGCCGGUGAUUCGUUUCGCUGAUACGCUAAAUCACUCUACCUGGCAAAAGUGUCGUUUUAUGUCCCAACCCCAGAAUCACUAUACUUGGCAAAAGUGUCGUUUAUCUCAAAUACCGAAACCUCAAAGCUCCGUACCAAUCGCCGCCCCUCUUUUACAUAUCUCGUUCAUCUCAUCAACCGUUAGUCCAGGUACGCAUUCAGCCAUAAUGGGUAUCGCACUAAAAGACAUGCAUUUCUUUAAUGGGUGUUCCAGACAAGCUCUAGGGAGCUCCGCAGAGAU